AGAAUAACCUUGUCAAGAAUAUAAUCAACCUAUGAAAUACUAAAAGGGUGUUUAUCUCAAUGGCUUUACAAAGAGUCUACUGUUCAUUAUGAAUAGAAAAUGAUUUUUAUGGAUGGUAAGAAAUAAUACGAUCAGCAUGUUGUUGGGAUUCACAAGCUUAUCCUUUUCCUAUUUGGAUUGUUCCUAUACAAAGAUAAAAAAACCACGUGUGGUUGGUUGUUGUUCUGGCAAGGAGCGUUUCUUUUGUCAAUCUAUAACGCGUAGAGCGAUAUUGUGUACAAAGGUAACACUCAGUACACGUCCGACUCUUUCCAAAAGUUUCUUCUUGUGGAUGGCAGCAAAGGUGAAAAAGGAUAUGUUGGAAGCUGAAGGAAAAGUUAUAGAUACGUUGCCCAACGCAGUAUUCCGAGUAGAGUUAGAAAAUGGCUCUGUUAUCUUGGCACAUAUUGCCGGAAAGCUUCGAAAGAAUCUCAUUCGAAUCCUAGAAGGAGAUAGGGUCAAGGUAGAAAUAUCACCAUAUGAUAUCACAAAAGGAAGAAUUAUUGUUCGACUUCGUUAAAACACUUUUGAGAGUAGGAAUGGAGAACGUUAGUUGGGAUAAAUAAAGAAGGAAUGACCGUCUAUU